AUGUCGGCGAAUCCAGAAACAACUAAAGCCUUGAUCAACUCACAAAGCACAGCAGAAAUGCCAUCGACAGCCCACGGCAUUGAUCCAUUGGCAGACCCAGAACCUUUGCCGGACUGGAAAGUCGCGCUGACCGAAUGGAAGGCACUUUGGGAAGUACACUUCGUUGGUUUCGCACUGCUAUUUAUCGCAAUGGCUUUUUUCUCUUGUUUCUGUGUGGUGCGUAUCAGACAAAGAUCCAAAUUAAUGACCCUUGGUAAUUAUUUCUUCGUCGUUUGUUUGAUGUUGAUGUUGUUUAGUUUAUCCAGAGCUUUGUUCCUCGCACUGGAUCCUUAUGAAUCUCACACGGUUUUGCAUCUACCCGUGUUGGUGGUGAGAAUCUUGUUCGCCAUUGGCUAUCCAUGCCUUACAUCUUCCUUAUCGCUCAUUCAUUUUGCUUUCCUUGAAGUCAACAAACUCGAACUGAUCUCACGUCGUCUCCAAAACAUUAAGUUCCUUGUAUCGGUGAUAGCGACGCAUUUCAUCGUUGUGUUCAUUAUAUAUGUAAUCAUAACAUUCAGUCCAAAGCUUGCUCGUCUUCUCAUAUUGUGCCAGACUAUUCAAAUCGCUUGGUGGACAGUUUUGGCGAUUUGCUUCCUGUACAGUGGUUGGAAAGUGAACUUGGAGUGGAGAAGCAGCAUCAAAUUUUUUAAGAGCACAACAAAAGACAGAGCGUAUUCAACAGAUUCGGCGUCAACUUUGAAUAAGGCUUCACAACAUGGACAUAACAAUGAGAAUCAACCUCCGAAAGGAGCGCAAAAGAUAGCGAGAAUCUCAGGACUAGUGGUUCUUCUGAGCCUGCUCUACGUUGGGUUAGAAUUGUACUCUCUUUUCUCGCUAUACAAACUUUAUGAUCUUAAAGGCGAAGAAACCGUGGAUCACUGGUCUUGGUGGGGCUACCAGACGUUUGGAAGAGCGCUCGAUUUCCUUUUGUGUUUAGUUAUUGCGUAUGUGAUUUUCCCUUCAACUCAGUCCACGAGAAAGAAAAAUACACCCUCAGCAACCUUAGACAGCAACUCAGCGCGUGUGAAUAAGAACAUUGUGUUGAAGGUUACAGGGUCUAUCGGCAAUGGGCUUGAUGCGGUUUAA